UUUUUGUUUAUUUACUAUCUGCAAUUACUCAAAUAUUUAAUUUACUCGAAUUUAAGUAUCAUUUUAUAAAAGUAAUUAGUAGAAUAUAAUUAAUUCAAUGUCAGUUUAUAAAUCUCGAUUAAAGGAAUUUGAAAAUCUCAUAAAACAAGAUGAAAUUGAUAUCAAAGCUUUAAAGAAGUUCAUUCACUCGGGGAUUCCAGAAUGUGCAAAAUAUCGUCCAAUAUGCUGGAAACUUCUUUUCAACUACUUAGAUCCAAAACGUAAAAAUAAUUGGGAAUCUCAUUUAGAACGACAACGGAAUAACUAUCGUAAUUUAAUAAAGGAUUUCUGUAUACCACCAAGCUGUAAGGAUGUCGAUUUAUCUGUUGAUCAUCCACUUAGUGAUAACAUUGACUCAUCAUGGAGCACAUUCUUUAAAGACAAUGAAACAUUUCUACUUCAAAUUGAUAAAGAUGCACGACGAUUACUACCUGACAUUUCAUUCUUUCAAGAACCGUGUAAAUAUCCAUGUGACAUAGUCGUUAAUAGUGAUACAGAAAUUAGAUUGCAUCAUCGCGUAGCUCCAAGCACUCUAAGUUCAGCAAAUGUCGAGAGGAAGGGCGUAGGGAUCAAAAAGAUAAAUUUAAUAGUAAAACGCGCACCUGAAAAUUAUCAAGCCAUGCAAAAAGGACAGGAAGCAAAUUGGGAAGUUGUGGAACGAAUGCUCUUCAUUUAUGCCAAAUUAAACUCCGGUCAAGGAUAUGUACAGGGUAUGAAUGAAAUUAUUGGUCCAAUUUAUUAUGUGUUCGCAUCAAAUGAUGAACAUGCAGAGUUUGCAGAAGCUGAUUGCUUUUGGUGCUUUACGGCUUUAAUGAGUGAAAUCCGAGAUUUCUUUAUUAAAACUUUGGAUGAGACGGACUCAGGCAUAAGAGGAAUGAUGAAUAAGCUCACCAGAAUGCUUGAGAAGAAGGACAUCCAUGUAUCAAACAGAUUAAAGGAACAAGGAAUAUUUCCACAAUACUACAGUUUCCGAUGGAUUUCAUUAAUUUUAAGUCAAGAAUUCGAUCUUCCAGAUGUCUUACGACUUUGGGAUUCAAUAUUAGCUGACGAUAGUCGAUUUGAGUAUCUCAUUUGUGUGUGCUGUGCUAUGAUCAUUCUAGUUCGAGAUCAAAUUUUAGAAAAUGACUUUGAGCAUAAUGUUAAGCUCUUACAGAAUUAUCCAUCGAUGGAUAUUAAUUUUGUGCUCAGCCGUGCAAAUCAACUUAUGGAAUCUACAUAAAUCAUGUUCAAUUAUUAUUCGUAGUUAUUUGAAUGCGCCAUAUCAUUAUUACAAUUGACAUUGAUAUUAUCG